CCGUUAUGCCUGUUUUCUCCCCUCCUCUGGGACUGUGCACUCUGUUGCUGCUCCGGCUGCCGGGAGCGAGCGAGGAGAAUUUCUCCUGCUGGCGAGCGACCGGCUAGUCUGGGGCUGGCGUCUUCCCAGGACGCUGCUGUUUGCAUACCAGCAGGCAGAGGAGCAGAAACGGAAAAGGCAGACAGAAAUAGAAGGCAAGAGACAACAGCUUGAGGACCAGAUACUUCAGCUGCAGCAUUUCAAGUCAAAAGCUCUUCGGGAAAAAUGGCUGCUACAGGGAAUUUCUGCUGGCUCUGCAGAAGAGGAAGAAGCCAGAAGGAGGCAGUCAGAAGAGGAUGAGCUGAAGGUGAAAAAGCUGGAAGAAAACAUACACAGGCUGGAACAAGAAAUACAGAAAUUAGAAAGUGAAGAAUCCCAAAUAUCUGCCAAAGAACAAAUCAUUUUGGAGAAACUAAAGGAGACUGAGAAAAAAAAAAAAAAAAAAAAAAACAAGACAACGGAUGCAGUAAAUUACAUUUACUCUCAGAUCCCUGAACUCCCAACCCUCUAUUCACGAACAGCAGAGCCAGUUCCUGGGCGGGACGGAGCAAGCAGAGUAGCUGCUUUGUGCACCAUGGAAAUUAAUGUGGAGAAAGACAAACAGACAGGAGAGACCAAGAUUGUCUCUGCUUCACCUGUUGGCCCAGAUGAGGCCCAUCAAAGAGGAUUCAAAGUCUAUGAUGAUGGUACCAAGGUAGUCUAUGAGGUUCACUCUGGUGGCACAGUGGUAGAAAAUGGAGUACAUAAAUUAAGCUCAAAGGACGUAGAUGAACUUAUACAAAAAGCUGGACAAUCAAGUGUAAAAGGAGGGUAUGAAACAAUGACUGUGUCAGACAGAAAUGCGGUAGCCGAUGGAAACCUUAGUCAUAUGAAGGAGCAAAUGCUCUUCAAGGAGGCAAAGCUGGAAAUGGUACACAAACCCAGCAAAGGGCAUGCUGUGAACCCUCAGCCCCAAGACAAACCCUGUGUUGGCGAAGCCCUGGAGGCCAGCGCAGAUCAGCCAGUAACAAUGAUAUUUAUGGGCUACCAGAACAUCGAUGAUGAAGAGGAGACAAAGAAAGUGCUGGGCUAUGAUGAGACCAUCAAGGCAGAGCUGGUCCUGAUCGACGAAGACGACGAGAAGUCGUUGCGGGAGAAGACAGUGACAGAUGUCUCCACCAUGGAUGGGAAUGCCGCUGAGCUGGUCUCUGGCAGGCCCCUGUCGGACACGACAGAGCCCUCCUCUCCCGAGGGGAAGGAAGAGAGCCUGCCCUUGGAAGCUGCCCCAGGUACACAAAAGAAAAAGCGCUGUCAAUGCUGUAUUGUCAUGUGA